ACUGGUUGUGUGCCAGCCAUCCAGUCCAGAGGCGAGGGAGCCCCGUCCUGCGUCUCUGUCUCCCCCUCCUGUCCUCAGCACCAGCCUGCGUUUCCCUCUAUUAUUUUCCACUCAGUUUCUCGCAGUUUAAAAUGGCGGCGUUGAGCAGCGCCGAGUCCCCACCGCCCGUCUUUAACGGAGACACCGCGGAGUCGGAGCCGGGCAGGGAGCGGGGCCUCGAUGAGCUGGGUGCCGGGCUGGACUCCUCGUGCACGUCGGGGAUCCCCGGAGGUCCGCAGGAUGAGGAGAUCUGGAAUAUCAAACAGAUGAUAAAGUUGACCCAAGAACACUUAGAGGCCCUUCUGGAUAAGUUUGGAGGAGAACACAACCCUCCUUCCAUAUAUCUAGAGGCCUAUGAGGAGUACACCAGUAAGCUGGACGCCCUGCAGCAGAGGGAGCAGCAGCUGCUGGAGGCCAUGGGCAACGGGACAGACUUCUCCUGCUCUCCGUCGGCCAUGCCAUCCCUCCUGGAGGUCAAGAUGGGAGGCUGUGGGGUUGCGGGGGGGGCUCAGGCCUUUCCUUCAACACCCAACACCUUGGCUGUGCUGCAGACGCCCGCCGACGCCAGCCGAGCCAACCCUCGCUCCCCCCAGAAGCCCAUCGUCAGGGUCUUCCUGCCCAACAAACAGAGGACUGUGGUGCCGGCACGCUGUGGGAUGACUGUGAGAGACUCACUGAAGAAGGCUCUCAUGAUGCGAGGCCUCAUCCCAGAGUGCUGUGCAGUCUACAGGAUACAGGAUGGAGAGAAAAAGCCGAUUGGCUGGGACACAGACAUCUCCUGGCUCACAGGAGAGGAGCUGCAUGUAGAAGUGUUGGAGAAUGUGCCGCUCACCACACACAACUUUGUGAGGAAGACCUUCUUCACGCUGGCCUUCUGUGACUUCUGCAGAAAGCUGCUGUUCCAGGGUUUCCGCUGUCAGACCUGUGGCUACAAGUUCCACCAGCGCUGCAGCACCGAGGUUCCCCUCAUGUGUGUCAACUACGACCAGCUAGACUUGUUGCUUGUGUCAAAGUUCUUCGAGCAUCACCCGUUUACCCAGGAGGAGGUCUCGUCUGAGGGAACCACCCCUGUUUCUGAGGCCUGUCCAUCACUCCCCCCAUCAGACUCCACCGGGUCUAUAUGCCACGCCACUGUGUCCCCGUCCAAGUCCAUACCCAUCCCGUCCAGUUUCCGGCCCAACGAGGAGGACCACCGCAACCAGUUUGGCCAGCGGGACCGCUCGUCCUCCGCCCCCAACGUCCAUAUCAACACCAUCGAGCCUGUCAACAUCGAUGACCUCAUUCGGGAUCAGGGCUUGCCAAGGUCCGAUGGAGCCCCCCCGACCCACCCCGCCCGCUGCUUGAGGAAGCACCGAACACGGACCUCAAGCCCCCUCCUAUACUCCUACCCCAAUGACAUAGUGUUUGAUUUUGAGCCCGAACCUGUUUUCCGAGGCUCCACUACCGGGCUGUCGGCCACGCCCCCUGCCUCUCUGCCUGGCUCUUUGACCAGCGUCAAGGUUCCACAGAAGUCGCCGUGCCAACAGAGGGAGCGCAAGUCGUCGUCCUCGUCUGAGGACCGCAAUAAGAUGAAAACCCUGGGGAGAAGGGACUCGAGCGACGACUGGGAGAUCCCCGAGGGCCAGAUCACUCUGGGCCAGAGAAUCGGCUCUGGAUCCUUUGGAACUGUCUUCAAGGGGAAGUGGCAUGGUGACGUGGCGGUGAAGAUGUUGAACGUCACAGCUCCCACACCGCAGCAGCUUCAGGCCUUCAAGAACGAAGUAGGAGUUCUCAGGAAAACGCGUCAUGUGAACAUCCUGCUGUUCAUGGGCUACACCACCAAGCCUCAGCUGGCCAUCGUCACCCAGUGGUGUGAAGGCUCCAGUCUGUACCACCACCUGCACAUCAUCGAGACCAAGUUUGAGAUGAUUAAGCUGAUUGACAUCGCCCGGCAGACCGCUCAGGGCAUGGAUUACCUGCAUGCCAAAUCCAUCAUCCACAGAGAUCUGAAGAGCAACAAUAUUUUCCUCCACGAGGAUCUUACUGUGAAAAUCGGGGACUUUGGUCUGGCUACGGUCAAGUCCCGCUGGAGCGGCUCACACCAGUUUGAACAGCUGUCUGGCUCGAUCCUGUGGAUGGCUCCGGAGGUGAUCCGACUGCAGGACAAGAACCCCUACAGCUUCCAGUCAGACGUCUACGCGUUCGGCAUUGUGCUGUACGAGCUGAUGUCCGGAGCACUGCCCUACUCCAACAUCAACAACCGAGACCAGAUCAUAUUUAUGGUAGGCCGAGGUUACCUGUCUCCUGACCUCAGCAAGGUGCGCAGCAACUGUCCCAAGGCCAUGAAGAGACUGAUGGCCGACUGCCUGAAGAAGAAGCGAGAGGAGCGGCCACUCUUCCCUCAGAUCUUGGCGUCCAUUGAGCUGCUGGCUCGCUCAUUACCCAAAAUCCACCGCAGCGCCUCUGAGCCUUCGCUAAACCGAGCCGGCUUUCAGACGGAGGACUUCAGCUUGUACGCCUGCGCUUCGCCCAAAACCCCCAUCCAGGCCGGCGGCUAUGGGGAGUUUUCUGCAUUUAAGUAAGUGCUGCAGAUCCCACCAGUCCAUCCCUCGUCACUUCUCAAAAGUCUCGUGUCCAUAGAGUGGAUUCAUUCAUUACUGAAAAAAAACUGAAAAAAAUAGUCUCAAAGAAUGUGCUUUUUUUUCUUCCUCUGUCCACCUGAAGAAGGCAGCGUCACUGGAGUCCUUCAAACUAACGCUGUUCAGCACAAACCGCACAACUCAAUUAGCAAAAAAACACUUGAAACACACAAAAAGAAGAGAGGAAAAAAAAAACAAGACACAAAGAUCUCCAUACCGAAACGGUCUUGAGAAGGAGAGCACAAAACUCCACAGAUUGACUUGCCUGCUGGAGGGAAAGUUGAAGGCAAAAAAGGAUGGAAAGACGGAGGUGGAACGUACGGAGUGCCCUCGUCCCAUCAUUUCCUGUGCGGGGGAGGCUGGAAGCCGCUGAACUGCUCUUCGUGUGCCGACAGAGAAGAGCCUGCGGGCUGAGAGGCCUUCCGUCCGCCGGCUGAGAUAGAAGGCCAGGAGUUAGCCAGUCCCGAGACGUGCUGGAGCUCACUCAGCAGGGACAAACCAGAAGAAAGCUGACUUUAGAGAGAGAUGGAUUUCUUUUAUUUUUGAAUUUGUUUCUCAUGUUUAAGAUUUGAGCUAGCACUUGCUAGGAACGCUGAGCUUCUCUUUCUUUUUUCUUCUUUUUUUAAAGAGAUGGUAGCUAUAUUUAGAAGAAAGCUUUCCUUCCACUCACGCAGCACUGGCCUUUGCUUUUUUGUCCUUAUGGGCUCGAUGCUGACCAAAUUCUGCAAAAAUACAGUUUGCCUUCAACAAAUUCAACGGCAAUAGCUGUUUAUCUACUGACAGAUUUUGCUCUACCUUUUAAAAAAGAAAAAAAUCUUCAAACAAAAGCAUGAGAGAAGCGGUUGUUUGGGGUUUCCGGUAGGAAGGUCCGGGGCCUGUACUUCACAACAGGAGCUAUCCUUUGGGACGAAAAAUGCUCAUUUGCUUGGUGAUGAAAGCUACACCAGAGGAUUUUCUUAUUAUGUUU